CGGGACACUCGAGCCCCAGCGCUCGCCUACUGCUAGCAUGAAUGAUGAACCUGAUGAGAUGAGCAGUUCCUGUUUCAGAUCUCGGUCGACUCCGAAAGUGUCAGAAGCAAGUCACUUUAAUGUGACCUUGCCAAACUGUCCCCAGUACGACCAAGACCUCAGCCUGGCACCUUAUCUGCCGAAAGCUCCCAGACCCGAGGCACCCCGCGCUGAAACGCCAACCCGUCCUAGCUCUCCCAAGUGGCCUAAGUUUCGAUUUCCUUGGCAAAAGAAGAGAGGCGUAGCCCCACUUCAAGACAGUCCCAGUGAAAAGCCUGCAGAAGCUGCAAAACCCAAACGCCGCAGACCACAAACCCCUUUCAGGAGAAAGAAAAGGGAUGACACAAGUUCAUAGAC